AUAAUUUCUAUUUGUGGGGUGUUUGAUUUGAAUAUAGUCAUGCUUUCCGUUGCUUACAGCGCUGGUAUUUCUCUGAACUUCGUUGAGAAACGAUAUACAAAGCCAUGUCUCGUUAAUCAUCGUAAGUUCUUUGGGAAUUAUUCAUCGGUGGCCUUCUCUGGAGCUCAGAGGUUUGGCUCUCUUCGAUACCCUGUCAUUGGAGCUCCUAGUCAUGCCUCUGGUUCGCAAUCUUUCUCUGGCGUUUUCAAGAUUUUGGCGCAGAGUUCAGUGAACUCUGGUUCUUUUAGUGGCGGUGGCGUCAGCGAAAGCAUUGGUUCUGAAGAGAGAGUGGUGGUGUUGGUCAUUGGAGGAGGUGGAAGAGAACAUGCACUUUGUCAUGCGUUGAAACGCUCUCCUUCCUGUGAUGCUGUCUUUUGUGCUCCAGGAAAUGCUGGGAUCUCUAACUCAGGGGAUGCCACAUGUAUAUCAGACCUUGACAUCCUGGACUGUUCAGCUGUGAUAUCCUUCUGCCGUAAAUGGGGAGUGGGACUAGUUGUUGUGGGCCCAGAGGCUCCUUUAGUUGCAGGUCUUGCAAAUGAGCUUGUAAAGGCUGGGAUUCCUACUUUUGGCCCUUCAUCUGAUGCUGCUGCUUUGGAGGGUUCAAAGGACUUCAUGAAGAAGUUAUGUGACAAAUAUGGAAUUCCUACUGCUAAGUAUCAAACAUUUACAGACGCAACAGAUGCAAAGAAGUAUAUUCAACAGCAAGGAGUACCUAUUGUCAUAAAAGCAGAUGGGUUAGCUGCUGGAAAAGGAGUUAUUGUUGCUAUGACUCUGGAGGAGGCGUACGAAGCUGUUGAUUCUAUGCUGGUGAAGGGUGUUUUUGGAUCUGCUGGUUCCCAGGUCAUUGUUGAAGAGUUUCUUGAAGGGGAGGAAGCAUCAUUUUUUGCCCUAGUGGAUGGUGAGAAUGCCAUUCCUCUUGAAUCAGCUCAGGACCAUAAGCGAGUAGGGGAUGGUGAUACAGGCCCCAAUACAGGCGGUAUGGGAGCUUAUUCUCCGGCACCCAUAUUAACAGAAGAGCUUCAAUCUUUGGUUAUGAGAUCUAUAAUUUCCCCAACAGUGAAAGGCAUGUUAGCAGAGGGCUGCAAGUUUGUUGGGGUCUUAUAUGCUGGGCUCAUGAUUGAGAAGAAAUCUGGACUACCUAAGCUCAUUGAGUACAACGUGCGCUUUGGAGACCCGGAAUGCCAGGUUUUGAUGGUCCGUUUAGAGUCUGAUCUGGCACAAGUUCUGCUUGCAGCCUGUAGAGGUGAGUUGAGUAGGGUCUCACUACGUUGGUCACCAGGUUCAGCUAUGGUGGUGGUGAUGGCAAGUCGGGGCUAUCCCGGGGCCUAUGAGAAGGGGACUGUGAUUCGGAACCUUGAAGAAGCGGAACUUGUUGCUCCAUCAGUUAAGAUAUUUCAUGCUGGAACCGCAUUCGACUCUGAUGGAAACAUCAUAGCCACUGGUGGUCGUGUACUUGGGGUUACAGCCACGGGAAGAGAUAUUGAAGAAGCCAGGGAGAGAGCCUACCAAGCUGUUGAAGAAAUCAAUUGGCCAGAAGGGUUCUACAGGCGAGAUAUCGGCUGGAGAGCACUUCCCCACAGACAAUUAGCUGCGAAGGGGUAAGCCCUAUGCCGGUCUAUAAUCAUGUGAUUAAUAUAAUCUAUUGUUGUAAACCCAUUGAGUUGGGCAUUUGGUUGGAGGAGGAAAAUCUGGUUACAAGAUCAGUAAUUAGGAAAUCAGGAAAAAUGAAUCAACUUUGGGUCAUUGAAAAGAAUACAGAUGGUCCCAAAAAACUCUGAUAUAGUG